GUCGUGGGUUGAGGCUUGUCCACGGACCGUAGGGUUGGGACAACGCUGCCUGCUGCUGUGAGGGCUCUCCGCCCGGCGGCUCACCUGCCUCCAGCCAGGGAUCCACCUGGAUCCCCAAGAAUGACAGGCCCAAGGACAGUUAAUUGACAGCUCUGUUACACUCCGUGAUUCUAGACACGCACUUUGGGAUGCUGAGUCAUUCGAUCCCAACGUUAAAACACGGGGAAACGCAAUUUCUCUGGGUUUGGGGAUCGUCCUAAAGCCUAAGCCAUGGCUUGUUGUGGCUGUGACGGACAAGUUUUUACUUUGAGUAAUCCUUAAAUGAAGAGUGGAUAAAACCUAUAUACGGAAGAGAGACUCCAAUCAACAAUAUCAAUAAGUUGAAAAAAGAAAAAUGUUGUCCUUAAGUAACCUACAAAAUAUCAUCUAUAACCCGACAGUCCCCUAUGUCAGCACCAUUACUGAGCAGUUGAAGCCUGGCUCUCUGAUUGUAAUCCGUGGGCAUGUUCCUAAAGAUUCAGAAAGAUUCCAGGUAGACUUUCAGCAGGGCAACAGCCUGAAGCCAAGAGCAGAUGUGGCCUUCCACUUUAACCCUCGCUUCAAAAGGUCCAACUGCAUUGUUUGUAACACACUGACAAAUGAGAAAUGGGGCUGGGAAGAGAUCACCUACGACAUGCCCUUCAGAAAAGAGAAGUCCUUUGAGAUCGUGAUCAUGGUGCUAAAGAACAAAUUCCAGGUGGCUGUGAAUGGAAAGCAUGUCCUGCUGUAUGCCCACAGGGUCAGCCCAGAGAAGAUAGACACACUGGGCAUCUACGGCAAAGUGAACAUUCACUCCAUUGGGUUCAGAUUCAGCUCGGAUUUACAAAGUAUGGAGACAUCUACUCUGGGACUGACACAGAUAAACAGAGAAAAUAUACAAAAGUCUGGCAAGCUCCAGUUGAACCUGCCAUUUGAAGCAAGGUUGAAUGCCUCCAUGGGCCCUGGACGGACCGUCGUCAUUAAAGGAGAAGUGAACAGCAAUGCCAGAAGCUUUAAUGUUGACCUAGUGGCAGGAAAAUCAAGGGAUAUCGCCCUGCACUUGAACCCACGCCUGAAUGUCAAAGCAUUUGUAAGAAAUUCCUUUCUUCAGGAUGCCUGGGGAGAAGAGGAGAGAAAUAUCACCUGCUUCCCAUUUAGUUCUGGGAUGUACUUUGAGAUGAUAAUUUACUGUGACGUCCGAGAAUUCAAGGUUGCGGUAAACGGUGUGCACAGCCUGGAGUACAAACACAGAUUUAAAGACCUAAGCAGUAUUGAUACCCUAUCAGUUGAUGGUGAUAUUCAUUUGCUGGAUGUAAGGAGCUGGUAGCUACCAUGACUGCCGAAACCCUCGAAAUACAAAAUGGCUUAUCCAAUA